AUGGCGACUCAAGAUCCCGACAAGCUUAUGGCCAAGGCCGACAAAUUAACAAACCUCAGUUUUAUAAGAUGGAAUGCAGAUUGGAAGAAUGCUACUGCAUUGUAUGAGCAAGAUGGCUUCCAAGGGACAAGAAUUGAUUUCCCCGUAUCCUUGUUUGCUUUGUUAUUUGCUAAAAUCCAUAAUUUGUAUUUUCUGAUAAAGACGGAUAGCUGUAAUCCUUACAAGCUUUACAGACCUUGGGAUGCUGCCAAGCAUAUGGAGUCUGCUGCUUCUUUAGCAAAAGAGCUUAGUCGGAGGAAUGAAGUUUUUGACUUUUAUAGAAAAGCAUCUGAAUUAUUCAGAGAUUGUGGACGAUCACAACCUGCAUCAGAUGCUCUAGGAAAGGGUGCUAGUGCUUUGGAAGAUACAAACCCUGAUGAAGCUGUUCGGUUGUAUAUUGACGCUUGUGAAAUUCUAGAGGAAGAUGGGAAAGAGCAAAUGGCUUUUGAUUUAUAUCGUGCUGUGACAAGCACUUAUGUUAAACUUGAAAGGUGA